AUGGCAGAACCAACCUCAUCACGCUUCAAGGUCAUCAUUGCCGGCGGCAGUGUUGUCGGCUUGACAACAGCGGUGGCGCUGGAAAAGGCUGGGAUCGACUACGUGCUGUUGGAGAAGCGAGAGAUCGCUCCUCACCUGGGCGCGUCUGUAUCCAUCCACCCGCAUACGCAACGGGUGUUCGAACAGCUUGGGAUCUGGCCUGAGAUCAGGGCGAGCGUUGUGCCGCUGGAGACGCGGCAGCACUAUGAUGAGAAUGGCUUCUUGUUUGAGGACUCUGCCAUUUUGCAGGAGAUUUCCAAGAUGUUCAUGCUCAGCUGCAUCUACAACCAGGUCGCAGACAAGUCCAGAUGUCGGGCUCAAACCGGCGUGGCUUCGUUUACUGAGACCGAAGACGGCGUUGAGGUAGUCACAGACAAGGGCGAGACCAUCCGAGGAGAUGUCCUCAUUGGCGCCGAUGGCAUCCACAGCACCAUCCGCACUCUGAUGGCUGAUCACAUCGCCUCAACUGAUCCUGAGGCAGCCAAGGAGAUGCGCAGUGGCUUCGUUAGCAACUAUCACUGCAUCUUCGCAACCUCCAAGAACGCCAAAGCCACAGCUGAUGGCAAGCAGUUCUUGCCUGACGGCGCGGUGCACAAUGUCUACUACUCGGGCUUCUCCGGCGUCAUCGCUGCAGGUGUCCCGGGCCUUGUCUUUUGGUUCCUUUUUGUCAAGAGUGAUCGCACGACACAGACCCCCAAUACGCCACGCUUCACGGAGCAGGAGAUGGAGGCCACAAUCGCCAAGUACGGCGACCAUGCUGUUGGCCCGGGCUACACGUUCAAGGACCUCUGGGAGAGCAGAGUCAGGGCCAACAUGCUGCCCCUUGAAGAAGGGGUGCUGAAGCCGAAAUGGAACUCUGGCGGCCGAGUGGUGUUGAUGGGCGACGCGGUUCACAAGGCGACCAUCAACCCUGGGCUGGGCGGUAAUUUGGCCGUCGAGGGUGUUGUCCACUUGCUGAACGAGCUGGUGCCGCUGGUGCGGCGCUGUGAGGCUGAUGGUGGGAGAAGGCCAAGCAAGAGCGAGAUUACGGCCGUUUUGGACACUUAUGAGACGAAGCAGCGGCCCCAUGCAAACACCAUCGUCACCAUGUCUGGGUACGUCACGCGGUAUGAGGCAAUGGAGACGUGGUGGUUGAGGCUCUUGCGCAGGGUGUCUCCUUGGGUCAGCGACAAGACCAAGGCGGGCGGCUUUGUUGGGUAUAUAAACGAAGGCCCGUGGCUCAACUAUCUGCCAAACCCGGACGAGGAGCAGUAUUUGAACGAGAAGCAGUAG